UUAUAGAUCACAACCUUUGCGUGGGAACUGGCGUACGCACGUUUCCAUCCCCGUUUUGUGCGUACGCACGCUUUAUAAAUGAGACCCCUGCUGAUUCAGAUUAUACACUGCUAUCAUUUAACAUGCAUUAACCUGUUCACAAAUCAAAUUAGCCACAAGUAAAAUGUUGAUUUGUUAUUGUGUUGUGGCUAGUUUGAGUUUGCUGCUGCAGCUUAUUAACACUUAUGUGGUUUCAGGUGAUAUUUCUGCUCUGAAACAUGAGGAAACAGAGAGACACUGCAAGAAGUGACCAGCUCCUCUCAUUUUCACACACACACACACCACUGCAGACAUGAUUCACCCUCUGAUUCUCUCCGGGAUUUUACUUUACAUCUCAGGUGCUGCUGGAUUUAAUACACUGAAACUUAAUAUAACAGUGAAAUAUCGAUCAUCUGGCAUUAUUCCAUGUGUGUAUGACAAACAACAUAAAGAAAACCGCAAAUAUUUGUGUGAGGGGACACAUUGGGUCACUUGCCGUAUAUUGGCAUAUGCAAAUGAGACAGGACAAUAUCCCAUCACUGAUUAUCCAGACCAGAAUAUUUUUACAGUGCGAUGGGACAGACUGAAGACCUCAUAUUACUGGUGCGCUGUGGAGAUUGGUGGUUAUAGCACUCUAGACGCUGGUUAUUAUUUGUAUCUGAAGGUACAAUCAGAUCCUGAUGUGUCUGUGGUGAGCAGCAGUGUAUCUGGACAUGAAGGUGGUGAUGUCAGUCUCCAGUGUUUCUACACUUCUGGAUAUCAGAAUAAACUCAAACAGUGGUGCAGAUAUAAAGAUGAGAGAUGUUACACAGUGGGGAGGACUGACACAUCCCAGUAUUCAUCAGUCCAUAUCAGUGAUGAUGGGAGAAGAUCCUUUACUGUGUUGAUGACUGGACUGAGACUCAGUGAUUCUGGAUGGUUCUUCUGCUCAGUAGGAGAUCUGCAGGUUCCUGUUCAACUCUUUGUCAAUGAACCCAAACGUGCAGUGGCAAAUAUUCCAACAGCUCCACCAUCUGACUCUGAGACAGACAUGUCCACAACACAGUCAUCUGCCAACAGAAAUCCUACAACAUCUAUGAUUACUAAAGUUUUUGCUGUUCUGACAGAAAGUGCGACCACAGACACCGGCCCCGAGGAGGACAAAUUGCAUUUCUGUCUGUCACAGAACUAGAGUUUUCUUUACAUCGACCAGAAAGAUCGGAUGAUUAUAAACUGCCGAUUCUGCUUUUUGCUUUAUACUCAGUCAGCAGACUAAAGAUGUGUGUAGAAUGUAUUACACGUCUACAUUUGCUAAAUGCCUAAAUGUCUGUAAUGUUUUUUUUCUUCAAAUGCAGAGGAUGUGUAACCAUUUCUCUUCAAAUGUUUUUUUUUUUUCUUUUUUCUUUUAUCAAGUCAAUUACAAAUGAGUAACAUACAAAAUAAAA